AUGCUCGUCACCAACGUCAUUCUCGCCCUUGUGGCUGUUACCACCCCAGCUCUCGCCGUCAACGAGCACUGUGCCUUCUACUACGGAAGCCAGCUGCAGACCGGUGUAUGCACCACGACCUCGGACUGCAACGGCAACGGCGGCAACACCUUCCCGGGACACUGCCCUGGUGGAACCAACAACCUCUGCUGUAUCAGACCGGGCUGCCACUGGACGCAAAACAACAGGUGCGGUGGGGGCAGUCUGGUCAAGUACGUCGACGACCUGGGCGGCUGCUACCACGUCCUCCUUGGUCGGUGCCCCGGUCCCGAGCUGUUCCGCUGGGUGACUACAAAGUACCGCCGCCGUGGCGUGGAUGGAGGCGAGGAAGAGGAGUAG